AUGUCGAUGGGGUUGGAGAUCGGCGCGGUGGCCUUGUCGGUGCUGGGUUGGUUCUGCAGCAUCAUCUGUUGCGCGUUGCCCAUGUGGAGAGUGACGGCCUUCAUCGGCAACAACAUCGUGACGGCCCAGAUCAUCUGGGAAGGGCUGUGGAUGAACUGCGUGGUGCAGAGCACGGGGCAGAUGCAGUGCAAGGUCUACGACUCCAUGCUGGCCCUGCCGCAGGACCUGCAAGCCGCCCGCGCCCUCCUGGUGGUGGCCAUCAUCUUGGCCGUCCUGGGUUUACUGGUUGCCAUCGUGGGAGCCCAGUGCACCCGCUGCGUGGAGGAUGAGAGCGCCAAAGCCAAGAUCACCAUCGUCUCCGGUGUCAUCUUCCUCCUCUCCGGUGUCAUGACCCUCAUCCCCGUCUCCUGGUCGGCCAACACCAUCAUCCGGGAUUUCUACAACCCACUGGUGCUUGACCCGCAGAAGCGGGAGCUGGGCACCUCGCUCUACGUGGGCUGGGCGGCCUCCGCGCUCCUGCUGCUGGGGGGGAUCCUCUGCAGCUCCUGCCCCCCCAGAGACGACAGGUACCCCACUGGCAAGGUGGCCUACUCCGCCCCGCGCUCCGCCAUCACCAGCUACGACAAGAGGAACUAUGUCUGAGUCCCCCCAGGACCCCCCCGGCACCCCCCAACAUCCCACACCCCCCCUCCUCCCACCCUGGGACCCUUAUCACCCUCCAUGGGGACCGGGGAC